AGAAAAAAGGAAAAUGUCGCACCACGGAUCAGUGGACGAGACCCCUCAGUACGAGGGAGGCAGGCCGAGACCGGUAGGAGGAAAAUGGAACAAUGACGUGUAGUGCAUUUAUGUUCGUGUCUGUGGUCAGAGCUUCGGGCUGAGUCGUGCAGGGCCAGACGCCGGAGAGGUGUCAACCCUGAAAGAGAGAAUCGAAACACUCUCAAGGGAAAACAGGUAUGCCUAGAGGUGUGUGUCCCCAUGUUUGUACUUACGGAUUCAUGUGUGUGGAUGCAGCACGUUGAAAGAAGAGAACACGACUCUGAAUGCGCUCAAGGCGCAGAGGGAGAAAGGUCAGCAACACACACACCGAUUGCCCGGCCAUUCAUUCAUGUGAAGUGUGUUCUUGCUUUGAUGUCUGUCUGCAGAGAUGGAGGACAUGUUGGUGCUGAUCCGUGAGAAGCAGAGCAAGGUGGAUGAGGUUAACAACAAAGUCAAGCUGCUGCAAGAGCAACUCGACCAAUGCGAGGCCGAACUCAGAAAGGGAACAGGUGCACCUGCCUGCACACACCCAGUAAUGAAUGCAUUGAUGCGUGUACGCGAGUUCUCAUUGGCUCUGUGUAUGUAGGGAGACUGCCAUCGUACAAGUCGCUCGAGAACCUGGACGAGGCCGGGGAGCAUAUGACCCCCCUCAAAGCGGCGCAAAACGAGAUUCAGAGAUGUAAAGAGGUCAUCGCCGAGCAGAAGGAGACCCUACAGGUACGCCUUAUCAGCAAGUCCUCCAGGCAAAUGUGCCUAUUCAACAUACCCGCAGAGCCUCCGGGAACAAAUCGAGGCCUUGGAAACCGCCAAGAAUCGGCUCAAGGUCUGUGGUCGAUUGCUUGCAAGAACAGCAGUGGGCGACACACAUCAAGCGCUGUUGUCUGUCUUUGUCAGGCGAGCGAGCGUGCGUUGUCGAUGCGGCUGCUGUCGGUCAAGGAGGAAAGAGAUCGGCUCAUGCAGGACCUCGAGACUGCUCAGGAAUCCCUCGGCUUCGCCGCAAAGAAGGUCAGGCAAGCUUAUAGACAGGGCCUGUCUAUAUGAUGUCUCUGAUCCCCUGUGCAGGCGCAGCAAUACCGGACCAAGCUCAUUGAAGUCACACAGAGAGAGACACAUACAAAGGGCAACGGCGGCAUCUGGCCGGCCACAUCACAUUAUGUCUCCCUCUUUCUGUGUGUAGGUGAUGAACUACGUCAAGGACCAGGAGGCCAGCCUGACCAGGAUGCAGACUAUCAAGGCAGCCAAGACAGCUGAACUGGGGGAUGAAAGCCAGAGAGACGCAGAGGGACAGCCAGAGGAGAAACCCACUGAACAGCCAUCCCACAAGAGAGAAGAAGCCACGGAGCCGCCCGUGGAGCCUGCCCAGCCGCCCCCGGCCCCACCAGCUCGUGAGCCUUCCGCGCUGCUUCGGUCGCUGUCGUGUUCCCUCCGCCGGCCCCGCAAGAUGCCCUUCGACGAGUCGGCCUAUGUGCAGGCGCCGACGCUGCGACUCAAGUGGCAGUUACCGAAGGACCUCAAGCAACAGGAGGCAGAAACGAGGAACGAAGAGGCCCCUGUGCAGAGAGAGAGCGAGAGGAACCUGUACAGGCCUGCUGCCCUGCUGCCGUCCCCUUCUUACCCGAUGCAGAAGCAGCAGCAGCAGCAACAGCAGCAGCCGUAUCUGAAGCAAUCGGUGAGCCUGUCUGCCCUGCAUGCUGCCACCCGACUCCCUCUCAACUACUAUGCAGCACCACCCCCCGCCAUGACGCCUGUCCCAUACAUCCCCGCCACGCCCACGUAUGUGUUUCGACGCCCCCGCCAGCCGCGCAAGCACACGAAGCCGGCGGCUGCCGAGACGAGCGUGGAGGGCAUUCAAUGCCUGGGUUUGUGUCAGCCGACCAAAUGCAGCCGAUAGAUGGAUGGACGAUGUAUAAUGGCGAUGCCUGCCAGGUUGUGCAGUCAGUCAGUGUGGCGUAUAUAUAUAGGACAUGGGUCGUGAAUGAAUGGAGUUUGUGGCGUCCCAUCGGUCUGUCUGCCUCUGAAGGAUGGAUGCAUGGAUGGAUUGGUGGAUGGCUGACUCAUGUCAUGUAUGGUGUGGGUGGGGGGGUUGAGUGAAACGCUGGUUGCAUUGCAGGGGCAUGUGGAUUAAAUCAAAUCGCCAUGUGUG